UUUUGUUUGCAGCCCCAGCAAUCAACCUAGACCCCUUAAUCCUGACCCAAUCACACGCUUUUUACAAUGUUUGACCUGAUCAACGCGGUCGUCGGUGCAAUCGAGCACGAAAUAGAUGAAAUCCUGAACUGGUUAGCCAUCUUUUGGGCCAUCUUUACCUCGGGAUUCUUUCUCUACAUCUUGUUCACCAAUCCAUUCAACCGUUCGAACGACAAAAACUACAUCAUCUCGGAUCAGGCCGAGCUGUCGCGACUCUUUCAGAUUGCAAGGGAGGCUGGAGGCUUUGACGACAAGCGGGUGCGUGCGGCCUAUGACAAUUACCAGCAGGCCACCAUGAAAUUCCUUGCCGAUAUGGAAUCACUCGGCCUUUGGGAUUGGCGACGCGAGGAAGCUAUCUGCGACAAGUACAAGGCACACCUGUACUCCAAGAUCGAUUCUAUGCGGUCAAUCUUUGAUGUCAAUGGCAGAUUGUUCAACAUCAAAUAUUGAGAGAAGCGUAGUCGGUAUGUGGAGAUUUGACUGACUACCUACCUCGGUGAUCAGAGCGUUCGGUAAAAGGUUGGAUGGAAUGCAACUCCAGGCAACAAUGAGAACUUGGCACGCUGUAGAAUGGAGAAAGCAGGAGAUGGCUUGAGGG